AUGGGUUGCAAACAUGUGCCAAGUAAUGACGAGUCGACAGAAAACAAUGAUUACAGUUUGCAACUGAGCCGAUGGUUCCUCGUAUCCAUCGGCGCUUGGCCGCAAACACGCAAGUCGACCGUUUUGGAGAGGUUGUCUGCGUUCGUGUUAAUUCCCGUGUUCUCAGCUGCAGUGGCGAUCAACGCGAUACCGUGCUUAUUAUACGUGUUUUUCGAAGCAAAGGACAUCCAGUCGAAACUGAACGCCGCUGGUCCGUUGAUUCACAGGUUAAUGGGCUCGUUUAAUUAUUGGACGCUACUCAGGCGGACCAGCGACAUGCGGGAUUGCAUACGCCACAUGGAGACAGACUGGAGGCUCGUACGAAGAGCCGAAGAUCGCGAGCUGAUGAUACAGUACUCCAAGUUCGGCUGCUUCAUCACGGUGAUGUGCGCGGUGUUCAUGCAAAGCGGUACAAUGCUCUUUAGCGUAGCUAAGGCAGUGAAGACGAUAACCGUCGUUAUCGAUAACCAGACCAUUACUAUGCAUCCGAUGACAUGUCCGUCGUACCAAAAGCUCAUUGACGCGAGAUUUAGCCCGGCGAAUGAGAUCAUGCUAAUCAUACAGUUCACAUCGACUUAUGUCUCGAGUGCCUCUACGGUGUGUGUGUGCAGUCUCGCUGCCGUUUUCGCGAUGCACGCUUGCGGUCAGCUGAAUGUGCUCUACGUGUGGUUGAACGAACUCACCGAGAAUCACAACGAAGGAGAUCUGGCUGAAAUGAAAUUAACUGUUCUCGUGGAGCAUCACUUGAGGGUCCUUGGUUUUAUCGCGCGCAUAGAGAGCAUUAUGCAUAAAGUCUGUCUCGUGGAAUUGAUGGGAUGCACAAUAAAUAUGUGUUUACUUGGAUAUUAUGCUCUCAUGAAUUGGGCCGCGUUUGACGCAGCAAAAAUUAUAUCGUAUGUUAUUGUUUAUUUAUCGAUGGGUUUCAAUAUUUUCAUAUUUUGCUACAUCGGCGAGAUUCUCACUGAGCAGUGUAGAAAUGUUGGAGAUAUGGCAUAUAUGACUAAUUGGUAUAAACUACGCCGCAGAACUGCGCUCGGUCUUGUUUUGGUAAUUGCACGAUCAAAUAAUGUGAUCAAAAUAACUGCGGGCAAGCUAUUUCAUUUGUCUAUCACAACCUUCGGCGACGUAAUCAAGACUUCCGUAGUGUACUUAAAUAUAUUACGAACAAUGGCUAUGUAA